GUGACGUCAGAGCCGACGUUCCGUUCAGGCUCACGCGGACAGGAGGAGACGAGUCUACUGCAGCUGAUAAAUGUGUUUCAGUGAUGUAAUGUUGCUUGUUUGGUGACUACGGAUGGCUGUUUGUGCCAGGCUGUGCGGAGUGGGUCAGUCGCGGAGGUGCAGGAGGCGACAGCGGCAAAACCAGCAGGACCAGGGGAGCGAUUCCGAAAUGGACGAGGAGGAAGAGGAGCGGAUCGUAGGACACAGGCGAGCCGAUAUCGGAGUCGUCGGCGGCGGCGGAGGAGGAGGCCUGGAGAGCGACGUCGCCGCCACUGCAGGGCCCAGUGACGCUUGUGAAUAUGGCAGCGGUCAUGUCAACAGAAGAAGCUUUUUGGAUCCCACAGGCACAGGACCUCCACACCCGCAGUCAUUAGCGGAUUUGCCACCAGAGCUUCUAGUAGAAAUACUAUCCCUGCUCCCCGGAACAGCGCUACCAAAUGUUGCCCUUGUCUGCAAAAAAUUCAGGCAAAUCGUAAACACUGAAACCAUCUGGAGACGGCGGUGCACUGAGGGUAAAUACAUCGAUUUUCAAUGCAAAGAUAACACCAACCAGUAACAUUAGAUUGCCACAAAUGAGUCACAUGUGAAUAUUGCAGUGUGCUAUGCUGCCUCUUGUUGACAUGUUAUUUGUGUUAGGCUCUGUGCCCAGCUCAGACUCCUCAGAAAUGCGCUCCCCUAAAAGCAUUUCUAUUGAUCUGUGCGAGAUCCACGGAGGAAAUUAUCCUUAACCCCAUGUCGUCAGUCACUCUUUAUGAAAAACAGACCUCUCAGGCCUUCCUCCUUGUUAUUAGGUCCAUGUCAGCCAUUCUGUGCAGCUGAUAAGACUGUCGAUGCAGUGGAGCUUUUUGUAGGCCUUGAGAGUUAUUUUGAUCACAACCACCAGCACAAGCCUCUUAGAUGAUUGUACUAUGGCAGCUCUCAUCUGAUGCACACAAGCAAGGGUAAUGGGGAAUGACUCCACAAAUGGUUAACACAGCUCACUCCAAGUAGCAAGUCAAAGUAGAAGUCAAUUAUGUAAAAAGGUGAACUUUUAAUUUGAGGUGUUAAAUACCAAUUUAUUUGGUGAUGGCCUUGAUUAAGAAUAUCAAAUUGACAAAAUUUAAAUGCAGGCAAGAGUUCUGUGCAAAACACUAAAAGCAGAAAGGCAAAAACAGAUGACUAAAGUUCACAAUAAAAUAAUAUUGUAAAAUAACAGAAUAAACAAAUAUUUUUGUUUAUUCUGGACCAUAAUGAUUUAAUGAAAGGUUGUGUAAGGGCAAAAUAACCAAACAUAGUACCAAUACUGUCACCACUCAUUGAAUUCCGCCCAUGGGAGGCAGCUACACCCAGAAAUGCCAAAGAGAUAGAGUUCACAUCAAUGCAGGCCUAAUUGAAAAAAAAGAAAAAAAACGUGUUAGUAGAUGAAUUUCAGUUUCUAUGCAAAGACAGUGAACGUCAAUGAAAAGACACUUUCAUUAGCAUGAGAGCAUAAUCAGAUUUUUAAGAGACAGUUGAGCGUCUAAUGAAGAUAACAAAAUUGAUGGCACUAUUUAAGAACAGUAGGAAUUUAUCUCACUGUCUUUGAUAAAUUAAACAAAAAUAAAAAUUCCAAAAAAUUAUAAACAAUCAGAACUGUUAGUUAAUAGAUUGUUAAAAUAUGUGAUAUUUGUAGCCCAAGUAUGACCUUAAAAAGCUCAGGGGACAUGUGAUAAAGGAAUGACCUAGAGGAUUUUGUGCUCUGAAAUGGUCCUUAUCAAACAACUUACCAGGCAUUCAUAGAAAGCCAGAACACAGUGGGAAAUCAGUUACAGUAUACAUAAACUAAGUAAAGACAGCUCUUUAUCUGACUGACAAAUUGUCCUGUUCAGCUGCCCUCACUUUGCACUCUCACUUGCUCAGAUUUAUCAGUAGUUUUCCACUGUUUUGUUUGGAUUUCUAUCAGGACGUGCUCAAAUGUGUAAGGCCAUUUUUCUUAUAACGUGAAUACCAAACCAAGUGAUAACAAUAUGUAUAAAUCUGACUGACUGCAUUACCCUUUCUACAGCAAACAUGUGUCCAACUAAAUGCUGAGCCACUUUCCUCUGUGUGUUUUCACUCUGCAGAGUUUGGUAUGAAGGAGGACCUGCGGAAGAUGGAAGUGGGAGGAGUAUCAAGUCGAGACCUCUAUGUUAAACGUAAGUACAUCUACAUGACCUGAAGCGUUGAAGCAUUUUAUUUAUUUCCUCUUGAGCCCUUGUUGCUCUCCCUCCUUAUUUUCCUGUGUGUAUCUGGAUGUAGUUGUCAAUAAAGUUUUGCCUUAUGUAGACUAUGUUUGCAGAUGAUAGGGAAAAAAAAUCAUAUUUGAAAUUUAGAAAUGCCUCAAAACACUCCAGACACAGUGGCAGCAGCUGUUUUCCCUUUGAAUAGAUUAUGUUGGCACAUUACUGCUUUCACUAGACGGCUGCCUUCAGCCCACAGUGAUCUGUGGCUGCCCUACACAUGGCUUUGUUGUGUCCAGGUGUCAACCCACGAGUGAAAUCUGGGCGCUUUAUGAAGCUCCUCCCGGACUACGAGCACAUGGACUAUAGAGACAUUUACACACAGUGUAUGUACAUGGCUGAAGCAUGAGGGGGCUGUGAGUGAAACUCAUGAGUGCAACAACAGCAGUGUUCUGCAUUGUGUGUGAAAAACAAACGUGCUAAUAACUCUUUUUCGUGCUGUUUGCUUUCAUAUUGCGUGUUAAAACCUUACUGGGAAAUGUUGGUGUUGUGUGUCUCGUAUGGACUGUCUGAAUGGAUCAUGGUUAGUUUACUCUUUCUUCCCUUUGUGUUUACUUCUCAUAGGUUCAGCCUUGACAGACACUUAACAAAGUCUUGGUUUUGGCGUCUUUUUCCAGUAUUUCUAACCCUUUCAAAAUGUAGCUGUUAGCAAAGCAUGGGCAAAGUGCUGCAGAAACUGAUCGACGUUGUGUCAUGUUGUGCCACUGUGUUGCAGUACUUCACCCGUACAGACAUAUCUUGGGCUUAUGGCAGCCUGACAUUGGGCCUUACGGUGGACUACUCAACGUUGUGGUGAGUCGUCCUCCUUAAUGUGCAUUAAAGUAUGCAUUAUUGAUAGUUUGUUGCAUGAAAAACUAUCAGAAAACAAGCAAAAUCUGAUCCAUCACCAUGCUUUGGUAUUAUGUUGUUAAUGCUAUUGCAGGAAACUGUGCAUUCAAGUGGUGAUAGACUAUUAACAGUGGGUUUUAUACAGGUGGAUGGGCUGUUUAUCAUUGGCUGGAUGUAUUUGCCCCCUCAUGACCCCCGUGUGGAGGAUCCCAUGAGGAGGCGGCCGCUUUUCCGCAUCCACAUGUGGGAGAGCAAAAAGGCCACAGUGGAAUGCAUGUAUGGACACAAAGGGCCCCAUAAAGGAGAUAUACAGGUGACGCCUCACAUGGUUUAAAAGCCUCUUCCAUGUGAAGAAAUCUGAAAUCCUCAUAAUGAAGAUGCUCAUUUGCACAUCACACUCCAAUUCGAGGUUAGAAAAGUAGGUCAUCCCUUAAUACAUGUCAUAUUCUGUUAAUUUUAGACUGGGAAGAAGGACGAAUUUUCAACGAAAUGUAACCAGACAGAUCAUCAUCGCAUGCCAGGGGGCAGACAAGAGGUGAGUCAAAUCAGAAAGCUGAAACUAGGCCACGACCUGUUCUAUUUUCUGACUUAUCUUACCUGAUUGUGUUUUUACAGCUUCUUUCGUGUCACAAUGUGAAAAUUCAAAGAGUGUUAUCUGAAUCUGUAAAUUUGUCUGUCUGUUUGCCUGCCUGCCUGUGUGUGUUUGUGUGUGUGUAGGAGUUCAGGACGUGGUUGGAAGAAGAAUGGGGUCGAACACUGGAAGAAAUUUUCCACGAGCACAUGCAGGAGCUCAUCCUAAUGAAGUUCAUUUACACAAGCCAAUACGAGUAAGAGUCUUUUUCCUUGAUCACACUCAAGUCUGUGACUGAAAUUAGAGUAUGUGUGCACAUAAUCCAGGGUUUCCCCUGCUUGUAAUUGAUCGUGGCCCACUGCCACGGCAAAAUAAAGGCCGCCACACCUUAAAAACAAGCGAUAUUUCUCAGUAUAUGCGGCGCAAACAGGCGCUGCACUGCUGUUAACCCUCAAAGUAGCUCUGACAGAAUAUUUAUUACCAAACUACCUUGUUAUCUUGAGAAAUGGUUCUUGCUCCCACAGUGGAUUACUGUUUAACCCCGUUUGCGGCUGAUGUUUACUCCUCUGUUUUUCAGCAACUGCUUGACAUACCGGAGGAUAUACCUUCCUCCUGCGAUGCCCUCUGACCUGUUGCAGCCAGGUCUCUUCAAAGGCACCUAUGGCAGUCAUGGCUUGGAGAUAGUCAUGCUAAGUUUCCAUGAGACCUCAGCAAGAGCCACAAAGCUCACUGUAAGUGUUUGAUAGAUAUAUAUACUGUAUUUGUAUUUAUUGUAUUUAUUUAGCGCAGAUGAAAAACAGUGCAAGGAGGGAACGAUGCCAAUAGGCUUAUACAAAGCACCACUCCCGUCAGGGCAGUGAAGGCAUAGGGUGCAAACGACAAAGUAACUCGGACAUAGACAUGUUAUAAAUAUACAAUGAGGAGGGAAAGGUCAAAAAAUAUACAAAUUGCCAUAAAUAGAACAUAGACUAAUCAUCAAACAGUGAUAGAGACAAUAUAAGUAUACAUAAAAAGGAAAGAAACGUGAUCAUAACAAAUAAUGAUGUGUUUAAGACAUGAUCAAUGAUAUUUUAAAGGAGUUGAGGGAUGAUAUUGAUUUUAGAGAUGCAUCCAGAUUAUUCCAUAGUUCCGGUCCUCUAAAAGUGAUGUUAGACUGAUGACUAGAAGUUCGACAGGAAGGUAACUGAAGAUGGCCAUUUUGUCUUGUUGAGUACGGGUGAAGAACAGAUGAAAAGGUAAAAAGUUUUGGAAAGUUUAAGGAAGGUCUUGUUUGUUGAUGAACUUGUGGACAAAUAAACAAGAGUGAAAGACAUUGAGUUUGUCAAUCGGUAAGAUGGAGUAUUUGGAAAAGAGAGGUGCAGAAGGUUCGUGUUUGCUGGAUCAUGAUAUCAUUCUUAAGAAUCUUCUCUGGAUUAAUAAUAUUUUCUUGAGGUGAAAUGGACACAUUGCACAUCAUACAAUAUUACAAUAGUUCAUGUAUGGAAAUAGAAAGCUAUAAUACAAAGACAAAUGAGCAGAGGGAUUGAUCAGGGGACAGACCUUAUUAAUUAUAUCAUUGACCUUUUGCAAACUUGACUGAUAUGAAUGUUCCACUUAAGACCCUCAUCAAAGAUAACACCCAAAAAAAUGGUGUGGGGUACAUGAGAGAUUUUUGUACCAUUAAUUGAUAUUUUGGCUUCAUCUUUUGGAUAAGAUUUGUUUUUGUUGCAGAAGAUCAUGAAAGUUAAUUUUUUUUUUAUUGAGAGUUGGCUUAUUAGUCAGAAACCAGUUAGCAACAGAAGAUAAGUUAUUUCUGAAAAGGAGGGAAAGAAAAUAAUUUAAUCUGUUAGGUUCAACUCUAUUCUCUCUUUUAAUCAUAUUGUUAAAUCCUUGUAUUUUGACAAAUGCAGAAAAAAACAGUGUGAUAUUAGCAUCAUAUAUCAUCAGUCUUUAGCUAACCUAUUGUCUCAUUAAUGGUAGCAGCUGUCAAAAAAACAAAAUUGGUUGAUCACCAAAUAUAACAAUGACAGAGUUUUGUCACUCUAAGAUCAUAAUCUUACUCCUUCCUGCAGGGAGACCCCAAUGUUCCUGCGGGACAACUCACUCUGGAUGUUGACCUGAGCCGGCCUGUGGUCCUCCCUGACUUGGAGCAACAACGCAACAUAGAGGAGCUGUCUCGGCUGGUAUUGGGAGUGCAUGAGCAGGUACAGAGGGAAGCAGAGCAACAGGCUAAGACCUCUACUGCGGCGGAUGGAGCCUGUGGUGGUGCCAGCGCAGAUGAAGGGGCAGAGGCAGACUGUGGCGCCUGUUCAGACAGCUGCCAGCCUGGUCCUAGUACCACCGCUCCUCCUGAAGCCCAGCCCUUCGUCCUGCCUUUGGGGGUCAUGGCUCGAAACGAGGUGUAUCCUCGCAGCUGCAGGAAGUGGUAAGUGCUUGGCUAAAAUGACUCCACUUUGUUAAAGUAGAUUGAUAGUAACUUUAUUUUCCCUGGUAUGACAAGAGGUCAACACAGUUCACCAGAGUUGUUCCAAGCUGCUUCGCUGGUUUAAGUUCAUGACCAACGGGCAGAAUUCAUGUCAGGGAGUCGAGACAGCUGAUCUGUUACUCUGAAAAAGCUGAUGUCCACAACCUUUAAAUUCAUUUAGAUAUACUUAUGGGGCAAUGUCAUUACCAUUCAAUGCCAGACCACUGUGCAACUUGCAACAGGAACUAAACUGUGUAUCAGUCUUAAAAUAUUUGUUGCACUCUCUGAUGAUAUUACUAUCAGCCUAAAUGAAAAACAUGGAAUCUACAGACAGAAAGACAUCUAAAAAGUGAAUGAGAGUAAUAUAGCUGAAGGACUGAGUUCAAUAGUAGAGGGACAGACCUAUUUCUGCCACAGUUUUUAAUCCUGUUUGUCCACAAUAAUCCAUAAUGAGGUUGCAAUGAAGUUUACCGGGAAUUUCAGUCAGCCAUUACUGUGUCUGUGAGUCAAUUAUUGUCCUAGCUACAGUCUGUUCCUAUUUUCUGCACCCUCUGACUCCAGAGGCCAAUUCAUGUUGAUAUUCAUUAAAGCACUGAUUGAUUCAUUUAUGCUUUAAUUUUUCUCCAUUUCAGCUUCUAUGGGACAGGCCUGAUUGCUGGGCACGGCUUCACAAGCCCAGAGCGCACCCCAGGGCUCUUUGUGCUGUUUGAUGAGGACCGAUUUGGUUUCAUCUGGCUGGAGUUGAAGUCUUUCAGUCUGUACAGUCGCCUGACGGACCACCUAGCUCACGCUCAAGCUCCAAACAUGGAGCGAUUUGAGGCCAUGCUGCGCAACAUGCAGUCCUGGACAUCCUGAUGCAGCACACUUAACUCUCCUUCCACAUUGCAAUGCAUAGAAAUACCAUUACACACAAAUCACCUCUGUCCUCCACUGACAAGCAUUGCUAUCUUGAUAGCCCAUGACCUUAACUAUCCGUAUCUGUUUCAGAAACUUUGUGUCUUACUGUCUGAUUAUUCUAGUUAUGUCAUCCUCAUGCUCACACUCAAGCUCUUGUUCCUGUAUGAGCACUUUGAAAGGCCUCCUCAGACACCAUCUAUCACCUCACCUCAGUAUGACCUUAAUCUUCCAGUGCAGCAUGAUAACAGGUCACAUCAAGUUUUAUUAUUUAUUUAUUUAUUUCAUUCCCUGGAAGAGACAAGGAAUGAUAUUUCAAAAACCACUUAUGACGGAGCAAACUGUAUGUGCCUCUGAUUCUGAAACCAUGUCUGUACUUGGUUGUGCUUGAAGAAGAUAAAGGCGUCCAAUGUAUUCUACUAUAUAGUAUUAUACUCCUUUUAAUGCCCAACAUAUUAAACUGCAUGCUGCAUUUUAUUUAGAUCUGAUCAAGUAUACUCAUAUGAGUUUUUUUCUUCAAUUAUUUUUGCUUUUGACAUCCUUAGUUGAGAAAAAAAAAAACAUCUCAGGUGUUUCACUCUUCACAAGUCAGUAAAAAAACAGACACAGAAGUAUUUAUGUGUUUAGUAAAAAUGUAGGUUGUUUCAUUCAUAUGAUUAAUUUGUCCAGUAGAAAUACUAAGUGAAAUUUAUAUAAUGGGCAAUUUUUUUAACCAUUGAAAAGAGACAAUUUCCUGUCUUAUCAAACAGUGUAGCUUCAGCAGUCAGUAUGGGUCAGACUGAUAUGUUUUUGCCCUUUGAACUGAGGUGAUAACUUUUACAACUAUAUGCUUUGCAUUAAACAUACUUUUCAUAAUGUUAUAUGAGCUGGAAAAAUGUAUUGUACUGCAAUAGAUUAACAUAACCUUAACAUACUGGUAAGCUGGAUUUAAUCAAAUCUUAGCAGUUUAUGUGCUUAUAUAAUUAUGGUCUGAAACAAAGGCUUCUCUUACCUUCAAAAUGUAUUGCAUAUGUUGUUCGUUCGAAAGGCUGACUUAACGUUUGCCUGGCUUUACACCUGCAGAGCUUCUUCCCUAAUUUAUUUUGAACCAGAGACCAGGCUAGCUGAAUAUUAUACAACCCAACAGCUGAAAGUGCAUCAAUAAGUACUAAGUAAGUGUCUGUAUGUGUCAUGACUGGCCUGAUGGUGGUGCCCAGUAGCUUUCCUACUCCAAGUGCACUUUUCUGGGCAGUAAAGUAAAUCAGUAAGAACCACUGGCCAGCACUUUUAUAUCAGACUGCAGCUUUACUAACAUUUGCAAAAAAAAGAGAAAACAAAUGUCUGCUCAAGCAUCUUUAAUUUACUUUAAUACAAUAAUAUUAUUUCCUCUCUGAUUUGGUACGUUUAUUUUAUACAUUCUUGUAUCUGUACGCCUUCUGUACCCAGCUAUUUGAAUGAUUUGCCUUUGAGAAGUGUUGCUUUGUAUUAUUUUCAUUGCCUGAUUUUAUGGAAAACAAUCUAAUUUUGACCUAUUGAACUGCUCACUUUGGACUUCAGGGAGCUUUUCAGCUUAAAUGCUCUUCUCAGUAAUAAAAAAUACAAAACUAAAGAAAAAGA